AUGAAUGUCUUCUCUCUUCCCGAUCCAACCCUUUCCUCUGAAAUGGGUCUGCAUCAUCUCACAAACUUGAUGACCCCAUUGCCAGAACUUUGUGACUCACUCUGUCAUGUGACGGAGUUCGAGCCUUGUUCAUCAGAUUGCAAAGUUUGCCUCAAGAUCUGCUUCAACAACCCCCAAUACCCUAAUUAUGAUUCUCCUCCAACGCUGCUGCCGCCACCACAACUUCCUCCUUUCAAUCUAGAUAGCGGUGGCGCAUAUGAAUCAAGCAGCCACAAAAUCGCCACCUAUUUGUUCCUUGCUCUUGCUAUUCUAACUGCUGCGUUCUUUGUCGUUUGUUGUCGCACCAUAUACACCAGGUUCAGCUCAAGGAGGAGGGUAUCGUCAAGGCACCACCAACAGAACACUGGUGAUGAUGAUUUUGUUGAUGAAGAGCAUGGACCUGUGGUGGACCACCCCAUAUGGUAUAUUCGCACCCUUGGGCUUCAGCAAUCAAUUAUCAAUGCCAUCACAGUUUGUAGGUAUAAGAAAGGAGAGGGUUUGAUUGAAGGAACCGAGUGUGCUGUUUGCUUGAGUGAGUUUCAAGAGGAUGAGAAUCUCAGGCUUUUGCCUAAAUGCCAUCAUGCUUUUCAUUUACCUUGUAUUGAUACCUGGCUUAGGUCUCAUACCAAUUGUCCCAUAUGCCGGGCUCCCAUUGUUUCUGACCUUGCAACUGCUAAAUUGGAGUCUACUUUUGUUGAUUCAAAUUCCUUUGGACAUACCCAUGUGGAAAUUUUGGAGAAUAGUGUUCUUGAUUCUGAAUUAGGGAAUAGGCCAGAGGAAGAAGGCCAAGUGGAGGUUGAAGAUGGAUUUAGGGUUUGUGAAACUAAAACCCUUGUUGAAGAGGUGCCAAGCAUUCUUCCUAGAAGAUCUGUUUCUCUGGAUUCCUUUUCUGUUGCAAAUAUCCAUCGUGCUCUUGCAACAGUAGGAUCUAAUGGUAACUCAAAAAGAGUGCUGAGAGGCGUGGAUGAUGCUGAUGCUGCUUCUUCCAAAGGGGGUUUUGGAAACGAUUUGGCAACUACUUCCAAAGGUAGUUCUUCUUUCAGGUUAACUAGGUAUCUGCAAGGUGCUCCUAGUUCUUCAAUGAAAAGGUCACAAUCCUACAAUGGAAAGUACCUUCUAUCCUGGUACGGUCGCAAUCAGAAGAAGCCAAAUGCUCCUCUGAGAAGAACCGAGUAA